AUGUCUCAUAAUAUAAUACCCACGAGCUCAAACUAUAGCAAAAGAACUCAAUCACUAAGUAAUAUCAACGUACUUUCGAAAAAACCAGAAAUAAUUAACCUAUCAUCACUAUCUUUCUUAUUUAGUGCAAUAGUAAGUCAUUAUCAUCAGAAAUCAAUAAAUAUACAAGAUUUGGAAAAUAGAUUGAAUGGAAUAGGGUAUCAAAUAGGUCAACGAUAUUUAGAAUUAAUAAAGCUAAGAGAGGGAUUCAAAUUAAAUAAAAGGGAGAUUAAAAUUAUAGGAAUAUUACAAUUCAUACAUGGACAAUUUUGGAAAACAAUUUUUGGAAAGUAUGCAAAUGAACUAGAAAAAUCACAAGAUAUAAAUAACGAAUAUAUGAUUAUAGAUAAUGUACCACUAUUAAAUCGAUUUAUUAGUAUUCCAAAGGAUUAUGGAGAUUUAAAUUGUUCUGCUUUUGUUGCCGGUAUUAUUGAAGGAGCUUUAGAUUCUGCAGGUUUCAAUGCUAAUGUUACUGCUCAUAAUGCUUUUACGGAUGUAAAUCCUUUAAGAACUGUUUUUUUGAUAAAAUUUGAUGAACUGGUCAUGAUAAGAGAAAGUUUACGAUUUAGUUGA